AUGCUAGAUAUAUAUCUAACAGUUGAUGACACGGACCUUGUUUACAACACGACAGUGUUACAUGGAUUCCCAACACCAAAGAAAGAACCAACUAGAGCGACCAUUCUAGACAGCACCUACCAACUAGUUGUGUUGGAACAAGUCCAGAUACCUCUCGGCUCCAGCCAAGCCCAAUCACAUACACUCUACACCAACAAGACCCAAAUAACAUGGAAACUACAAUUCGUUUGUCAACAGUUGCCCUCAUUGAACAUCACAAAGUUGACACCUACUUUGACAAGGACAAGAGUGUUGCCAAUGCCUCAGUCUUAUUUGAAGCAGGUGAACAAUCAGGAAGCAUUGGUCGAUGCAUUCAGAGGAUACUUGGUAUUGAACGAGUCGUUGGAAGAGAUGUACAACUCAUUCGAAUGCUUCGCCUACAAUAAGUUGAGUUGUCAAGUUGAUUACUAUCGUCCACUACCAAACAAUCAGAGCAUGCUACUAUUGCGUGUCGCUCCAGAUGAGUUCUACAAUGGUACAGUGGAUAUUGUUAUUAGGGACUAUGCCAAUGACCGCAAUAUAACAUUGUCCUACCCACCAUUGUUCACCAAGGGUACGGCCAAUACAACAAAUGGCGACAUCAAAGUCUAUCCAUAUUAUGUACUCAAUCAGAACAAGGCAUUUAAAUAUGGACAUCUUGCUGCUGUGAUCAACUCAUCAUCAGAGGGCGACUUCUUCUCAGUGCCAUCAUUCAACAACGAUGUAUACUUGGGACCACUUGACAAUGUACGUCCUGUUCUCGGCUCACCAACAACAGACACACAGACCCUAGUCCUAUCAUCAAUCACCAACGAUGCUGGUAUCAUAUUAUACCAAGCCACCAAGGAUACACUCAUCAAUGUUAUGGAUAUCUUAUCGGAUUUUACCAAUAGUUACAGUGAGAUAAUUAAAGUGGAUAGAUUUCCUGUGUUGGAUGCAGCCAGGGAUUGGGACCCAAUCAGGAUCACCACCAUAUUCAAAGAAUAUCCAUCCCGAUACUCAUUUGUUGGAGCUAAUCCAGAGUGGCAAUGGAUGUCCCCAAGUCUAUUUUGGGAGUAUCCCUUUGGCUUGAAUGGAUACAACGCGUCUGCAUUCGUUGAGAUCUCGGCAUCAUUCCUCUUCAGUAAAAAUGGCAAGACAACCUCCAACUCCCAUUACUUCCUCUCCUCACAGACCGAGAUCAAGGAAUUCCAAAUCCAGCCCUCAUCUAUGAUGAAUGACACCACUCCACCAUCGCUCACCCAAUCCAUCAUUGUGGAACAUUUCCAUGGUAACAAGUACUUAGUGACAGCAUCCAUAUAUGAAGAUGCAAGUGGAUUCAGACAGAUGGUUAUCCACUUUGACAAUGGUCAAUCAGUUAGAAUUGAUCAAAGUGAUCAAGCAUCUGGCUUCAAUGACUUGGAUGGUGUAUAUCAAAAGAUUAUUACAAUUGAUGAAGUACUCUAUCCCAUCAGCCAAUCACCAGUAUACUCAAUACUACUCAUUGACAAUGCCGAGCAGAGUCUCUACAUCCACUCCAAAGGUCACGACUUUGACACUGUUCCCCUUGGUCACAUCCGUGCCAAUGUUGACUAUAAUGUGGAUGAUAUUACCAUGUUCUACUUUGAGACUUAUGUGAUGAAUGUAAGUUCAUCAAGAAUGAGCAAUAAGUUGUAUUUCAAUACGACUAGGAACAACUUGGAUUGGAGAGUUGGUUUGGUAUAUGGUCAUCCAGAGGAGAACCCAGACUAUUUGGCGUAUGGAUACUUUGACUACUUGAUUCAAAUGUUCGUGGUGGAGUUCAAUGUACCUGCAAGGACCUACACCAAACAACUUCAAUACUUUGUAUUCUUUGGUCUUGAUGACUUUGAGACAAUCAAGCCACUUCAUUGGGACAACUCAUUCGUGCCUACCGGUAUGAAGUCAUUGGACUGUGCUCUGCUCCAACUCAAGUUCCCCAUGACCUCAUACGUCAACAUCACCUCAACUUAUGGUGAUGAGAUGCCACCUUUGAUCACAGAUGUAAAGGUCGUUGGACCCAACCCUGUCGUGCUCACAUCACUGGACCAGGUCAUCAAGGUUGGAUGGGAGAUUACGAUUGAGGACCAACCAAAUGGUUUCCACAGUGGUACAAUCAAUGUGAUUAGUAACAUGGAUGGAUUAAUACGCAAGUAUGAUAUUGUAGCCAACCCCACAUCCAACAAGUACUUGAUACAGUUCAAUGUCACUGGACAGUUCAGGAACCAGACCUUCUCAUUUGGUGAUGUGAUACUAAGAGACAACACCAAUCCCAUCACUGAACCACCCAAGAUCACCAACCUCAAGUACUCGAGGGAAUAUGUGGACGUUGGAUCUCUGGCCAGGGAUAUUGAGGUUUUGUUCGAGGUAUUGGAACCAAAUGGAUUGUCCAAUGAUCAUGAUUGGCCAGUGGUAUAUAUCACUUCUUCAUUUGAGGAGAUAUUCCCACUUAGCACUACAUUGAUCAGUCAUGAUUCUGGUACAGGUAGAUACUUCUUCAAGGCAACUGGAGUCCUACCAUAUGGAUUUGGAGCAUCCGCCGCCAUGGCACUCAUCUCAAUCUAUGGCCUAUUUGGUCAAUCACAACUCACAGUUGGAUACACUGCUGAAGAGUUGCUCAGUCUCAAUCUCAGAAGCAGGUUCUACAUUGUUUUCAACCAUACAGUACCAAUCAUUGAGAGCUAUGAAUCAACUCCAACGACCGUCACAGUAUAUGGCUACAACUUUGGUGUUGGAUCUUUGAAUACAUCUGGUGUAAUAAUCGGUGGACAUGGAAAUGGAAGUGCAGGUGUGGUCAUGAACAAGACCAAACACUCUUCCGUCAUGAUGGUGUUUGAUAUAGCUCCUAUGCCAAAUCCUACCAACCUUGUUAUACAAGUGAUCAACGGUCCAUAUAUAUCCAACAACAUCACCAUCCCCUACCUCCCCUCUCCACCACCCACCCCCACGAUCACCUGUCCAGGCUCGCCACCAUGCUCCGGCUUUGGAUCAUGCUCCCCAACCAAAGGAUGUGUCUGUCAGUCUGGACACUACAGUGAAGAUUGCUCUCAAAGUGUGGUAGCAACGAUCCCAGAAUUGGAUGAUGACAAGCCAACUUCAAAUUAUGUGUUUGAGGACAUUAAGGCUGAUGUCAAUGUACUCAAACUUCGUGAGAUGGAUCAGAAUGGAGUCCAGGUGGAUGUGUUUGACUUGGCAAACUGGACAUUGACUAAUGAGUUUGACAAGACACAUGUUUACCAACAUCAAGCCGGCAACACAUCAUCAAUGAUACAAGUGACAUUGAAAUGGUACAACUCAACAGAGAUGAUACAGUUUGCUGGUGACAACAUGUCGAUCGAUGCAUCUACACUCAAGUACACAAUCGACAUUGAUCACUACCCCUUCAAGAGCAGGCUGAACACACUACAGGUGGUCAUGGGCGCAUCGAUCAGCACUUCCAAGAUAGACGGUUGUUCGUCCAAAGACCUAGGCUAUGUCAAUGGCAACUCGAGCAUCUACUGGAUGAGGUUGCGUGUCAACAAGAUCAUUGUGUACGCCCACUUCCUGCAGGUGGCAAUGGUGGAUCGUCGAGUCUACACAAUAUCCAACGUACUCUUGGAUGACUCGUUGCAGACUGUUGACGGACACAACUCAAGCACGAUGAUCGGUAUCAAUGUACCAUACUUUGAGAGAUCAGUCACACUCGAUCCCAACUUUAAUGUGUUAAUCGAUGAGGGUGACGACGAUACCUCGACCAAGACAUGCUCGCCACAUGGCAGCAAGGGAUUGUCCAACAUAGCCAUAGCAGGAAUUGUCAUUGGAGUCGUUGCAAUGGUGGCUGCCGUCCUUGCCGCAGCAUUGAUCUGGAGAAGAAGAGAGAAGAACAAGAAGAUGGAGCUGGACAAGAUGCACAGAAAGAUGAAGGAUCUCACUCUUCACCAUAAUUAA